AAUAUUGGAACUGAAAGUGUGAAGAUACUGAGACAUGGAUAUAAUCAAUAAAGAAACGAAUGAAAAUGGGACCAAUGAAGGAUUGAAUAAGACGAAUUCGCUCGAGGAAUUCUACUCUGGUAGUGGGAUCCUUGUGACUGGAGCAACCGGAUUCGUGGGAAUAGGUCUACUGGAAAAACUGAUGCGCGUGUGUCCACGCAUCGCUGCCAUUUUUAUACUAAUUCGCCCAAAAACUAACGAAACGAUAGAACAACGAUUUAAGAAGCUCACAGAUGAUCCCAUUUACGAUAACAUUAAAGCGAAACAUCCCUCAGUUUUGAGCAAAGUUUACCCCGUGAAAGGUGACGUGAGUCUGCCAGAUUUAGGACUUUCGAAGGAAGAUAGAAAUCUGUUGUUAGAGAAAGUAAACAUAGUGUUUCACUCCGCGGCCACUGUGAGAUUCAACGAACCGUUACACGUGGCUGUUAAUGUGAAUACAAAAGGUACCGCUCGUGUCAUCGAGCUUUGGAGCGAACUAAAGCAUCCGAUUAGCUUCGUCCACGUCAGCACAGCUUUUCGUAAUGCGAAUCUACAUGAGAUUGAGGAAAAAGUUUAUACCACGAGCUUGAAACCUUCAGACGUGAUAGAUAUAUGUGACAAAUUCGACAAAACGUCGAUCAACGUAAUGGAAAAGAGGAUUUUAAAAACUUAUCCAAACACAUAUACAUUCAGUAAGAAUUUGGCAGAGCAGGUUGUAGCAAGCAAGUGCAAAGAUCUGCCAGUUGCGAUAGUGAUGCCAAGCAUAGUUGGUGCCUCUUUGGAAGAACCAUGUCCUGGUUGGAUACACAAUAUUUCUGCAUUAACAGGUAUCCUUCUGCUAGUCAGUAAAGGAUGUGCAAUAGCAAUACUGGCUAGGAAAGAUGCAAGAUUAGAUGUAGUGCCUGUCGAUUUCGUAGUUGACACGAUAGUAUGUACUGCAUGGCAUGUCACGCUACGUCGUGGUCACGAAGUUAAAGUUUACAACUGCAAGAAUGUCUAUUUAAGACUUGGAGGUAGUAAACCAAUAAUGAUGAAACAUCUCAAAAAAGGCAAGAAGCUGUUCAACUUGGCAGCAUUUUGCGCCAUGAGCGAAUGGACUUUUCAAAAGGAUAACUGUUCCGACUUGGCGAGGAAGGUGAAAAUGUUGAGCGACUGCGAUAUGAUCAAACUAGAUUUACGGGAUAUGAAUUGGGAGAAUAUAAUAACAUUUGCAAACAUUCAUACAUCAUCUUUAAAUGUGUAUUUAGAGAUCACUUCUACACAAAAAUUCUACAACAUGUCUUCCUGUAAUGCUAAACAACAAAAGAAUUAUAUAGAGAAAAAUAGUAACAUUCACUACUAA